UGCCCAGAAUCCCAAUGUUUAUAAUCAAGAUCAGGUUAGUUGCCAACUUUAGUAAUAUUUUGAGUGUUUCAGUUAGUUAUUUGAACGAAAAUUGAAAAUUAUGGAAAUUUUAUCAGAAUUUAAAAAAAAUGGGUUGAUUAAUGUUGUUGGAAUUGUGGCUUUUUGUCUUAGUAAUUAUCUUUUAAUAACAAACGAGCUUAAAUCAAUGAAUCAAACCACUUCAUUAAGUAAAGCUUACGAAGAUGUAAUUCCUUUAAAUCCCUAUGAACCGGUCAGACCUGAAUUAGAUGGACAUUUAAUUCAUGUUACUGCACCUUUGGGGAUAAACGAACCACUAACUGCACCCGAAUAUGGUGUGUCUAUUCAAAGUGUUAAAUUAAAAAGGAGAGUUCAAAUGUAUCAAUGGGUUGAAGAAAAACGUGAUCAUUAUACUUCAGCAGAAGCAAGGGAAACUGAAUAUUAUUAUAUACAGGAAUGGCGGGAUAAAUUGGUGGAUAGUAGAAAUUUUUAUAUAAGACAUAACCAUCAAAAUCCAUCUGAAAAACCGCUUCAAACGUAUGAAUAUGUUUCUCCAGUUGUUAAAGUUGGCCAAUUUAAUUUAGGGACUGAUUUAAAACAGAAAUUUGAUAAUUUUAUUGAAUUUACUAGUGACCAAAGACCAGAAGGAAAAGAUGUUAAAUUACACAUGGGAAUUUAUUAUCAUUGUUAUGAUAUUUGGAAUCCUAAAACUGGCGAUAUUAGGGUUCAAUUUUAUUAUGCUGGAUUAAAUGGAGAUAUUGUUACUGUUAUUGCACAACAAUAUAAUGGUGUUUUAAUUCCAUAUCCAACAGUAGAAAAGCAUGAAAUUGCUAUGUUAAGAUAUGGAGAGUUAUCAAUUUCGGAAAUGUUCCAUGCAGAACAUGCCGAUAUUAGAUGGAAAACUUGGGAAGUAAGGAUUUUUGGUUGGCUGUUAAUGUACGGUUGUUUCCUGUGUUUAAGCAAUACUAUUUAUGGAAUCUUGGUGAACACUCAAAUUGGGGUUUUACUUAGAAAUAAUUUAUUAAAUGAAUCGAUAUUAACACAAAAGUUUAUUUUAUCAAUAUCAUUUACUAUAAUAAGUGCAUCAUCAACAUGGUUGUUUGUUUCCCCACAUACUGCACUGGCAAUUAUAAUAGCUGCUUUAACUCCGAUUUUUUAUAUAACUUUUUUAUUGUACACACAGGAGCAAUUAACAGAAAAUAGACGACUUUUAUAAAUUGAAAAAAAUACAUGUAUUUAUUUAAUAAAUUUUUAUUUA